CCGGGCCGCUUCAUCGGGCGCUGCCUCUGGGCCCAGGAUGCUGUGGAGCUGCCAGUGAGUGACAGGGAGCCCCGAGAGCCCGGGGCGCCGCGCUCCCCUCCCGCAAGCCCGCACUCCCCUCCUGCCGCCCGCUGAGGCAGGAGAUGGGCUCAGCUCCUGGGCUCGCCGCCGCACACAGGAAGCCGGACACACGCUCGCCAGGGAGAGGCUGGGCCUGACUCCAGCUCAGAGCGUGCGGCUGUCUUUCGGGGCCGGAGAUGCAGAGCACGGCCAGCUACCUGUGGCACACGGAUGACCUGCUGGGGCAGGGUGCCACUGCCAGCGUGUACAAGGCCCGCAACAAGAAAUCCGGGGAGCUGGUGGCCGUGAAGGUCUUCAACACUGCCAGCUACCUGCGUCCCCGGGAGGUGCAGGAGAGGGAGUUUGAGGUCCUGCGGAAGUUGAACCACCAGAACAUCGUCAAGCUCUUCGCGGUGGAGGAGACGGGGGGCAGCCGGCAGAGGGUGCUGGUGAUGGAGCACUGCUCUGGGGGCAGCCUGCUGAGUGUGCUGGAGAGCCCGGAGAACGCCUUCGGGCUGUCGGAGGACGAGUUCCUGGUCGUUCUGCGCUGUGUGGUGGCCGGCAUGAACCACCUGCGGGAGAACGGCGUGGUGCACCGCGACAUCAAGCCGGGCAACAUCAUGCGCCUGGUGGGCCACGAGGGCCAGAGCGUCUACAAGCUCACGGACUUCGGCGCCGCGCGCCAGCUGCUGGACGACGAGAAGUUCGUCUCGGUCUACGGCACCGAGGAGUACCUGCACCCGGACAUGUACGAGCGGGCGGUGCUUCGCAAGCCCCAGCAAAAGGCGUUCGGGGUGACCGUGGACCUCUGGAGCAUCGGGGUGACCCUGUACCACGCAGCCACCGGCAGUCUGCCCUUCGUGCCCUACGGCGGGCCGCGGCGCAACAAGGAGAUCAUGUACCGGAUCACCACCGAGAAGCCCUCCGGGGCCAUCGCGGGCACUCAGCGGCGGGAGAACGGGCCCCUGGAGUGGAGCUACGCCCUGCCGGUCACCUGCCGGCUGUCCAUGGGCCUGCAGGGCCAGCUGGUGCCCAUCCUGGCCAACAUCCUGGAGGUGGAGCCGGCCAAGUGUUGGGGCUUCGACCAGUUCUUCGCCGAGACAAGCGACAUCCUGCAGCGCGUCACCGUGCACGUCUUCUCCCUGUCCCAGGCCGUGCUGCACCACGUCUACAUCCACGCCCACAACACGGUGGCCGUCUUCCUGGAGGCCGUGUGCGAGCAGACCAGCGUGGGCCCCCGGCAGCAGGAGUACUUCUUUGAGGGCCACCCGUGCGUCCUGGAGCCCAGCGUCUCGGCUCAGCACAUCGCGCACACGACUGCCAGCAGCCCCCUGACCCUGUUCAGCGCGGCCAGCGAGACCCCCAAGGGGCUGGCCUUCAGGGACCCUGCCCUGGACAUCCCCAAGUUCGUCCCCAAAGUGGACCUGCAGGCAGACUACAAUGCCGCCAAGGGCAUGCUGGGUGCCGGCUACCAGGCCCUGCGCCUGGCACGGGCCAUGCUGCACACACAGGAGCUGAUGCUUCGCGGGCUGUACUGGGUCGUGGAGGUGCUGCAGACCACGUGCAGGCGGACUCUGGAGGUCACACGGACCGCACUCCUCUUCCUUAGCAGCAGCCUGGGCACUGAGAGGCCGGACAGCGCGACUGAGAUGCCCACGCUGCAGGAGCUGCAGGGGGCCACGGAGCUGAGGUCCAGGCUGCGGACUCUGGCCGAGGUCCUCUCCAGAUGUUCCCAAAAUAUCACGGAGACCCAGGCGGGCCUGAGCAGGCUGGGCGCGGAGCUGGCGAAGAGGCGGGCUCAGGUACAUGCGGACAGAAGCACCCAGCAGAUCCAGUGUUGUCUGGACAAGAUGAACCUCAUCUACAAACAGUUCAAGAAGUCUCGGAUGAGCCCAGGGCUUGGCUAUAACGAGGAGCAGAUCCACAAGCUGGACAAGGUGAAUUUCAGCCACUUGGCCAAGAGGCUGCUGCAGGUGUUUCAGGAGGAGUGCAUGCACAAGUACCAGGCGUCCCUCGUCGCGCACGGCAAGUGGAUGAGGGAGGUGCACAAGACCAGGAACCACCUGCGCCUGGUCGGCUGUUCCGUGGCUGCCUGUAACACGGAGGCCCAGGGUGCCCAGGAGAGCCUCAGCAAGAUCCUGGACCAACUCCUGCAGGAUAAAGCCAAGGGCGCCCAGGCCUUGCCACCCUCCACGGCUCCUCCUGCACCCCAAGACCUGGCCCUCCACAUGCAAGAACUGUGCCGUGAGAUGAAGCUGGUGGCCUUUGACCUCCAGGACAACAAUCGCAUCAUCGAACGGUUGGGUAAGGUCACAUCUGUGCCUGAUGCCUGAGCUCAAUGGGGAGCCGUGAGCGUCACUCGCACCCAGCUCCACUGCACUGUGGGACGCAGCCCAGAGCGAGACUGGUCCCGUCUCAUCAGCCUACCUCCCUCCUGGCCACUGGCUGGGAGAUGUGCCAGCAUUACCUUCUGCUGCCUGUCACCUGGGAGGCUGCACUGGCCGUCUCUGUCGGGACCCCCAGGAGACAGCACGGCAGCCACUGCCUGGGCUGACUUGAUGCCUCACUCAGGUGCACCUGCUGCUUCGCCAUCGCCAGGCCUGGAGGGCGGAACCUGGCUGAGCCAUGGGAAGAAGAGGCUCUCCCAGGCCCUGUCCUCCCACCCCCGCUGACUGGUUUACAAAGCUGUGCUCCCCAGAGAGCCAGAGACCAGGGUGUGAGUCACCCGGCUGACCCUCCGUGUGCUUCACGUUGAACGUGACCCUUGCCUCUCCUGGGGUCCUUGGGGUCUCCACACCCGGCCACAGGCAGCAGAGCCUCCUCCCACUCUGCUCUUGGUCAGGCUGGGCCUACAUCUGUGAAAAUGGGCGACUGACACCAGGUGCCCUCUGCCUGGAAGCCCCGCCUGCUCCUGGGUGCGGAGAGCCGGUGUCAGCAGGUGGCCUGAGGGGACGUGGAAUAAACGUGGCCUUGUUUUCCGUU